AUGGCCCAAAGCAGCCGCAAUUCGAUUCGUUGGUCCACACCGGGCGCAGAGAAGUGCACACAGACGCACGCGUCGGCAAGCGUCUUCAAGGUAGACGGUAGCACAUACGCACAUACACACACACGCGGAGAAUACGCUAACGCAACCGAAACAACACAGGCCAGCAGCACCAGUAACAGCCCUAGCUGA